CCAAUCAAUUCAUCUUCACUUUCCCUUUGUUCAAAAUGUCAUCCAUUCCAGAAGAACCCCUUCUAGCUCCGAACCCAGAGCGUUUUUGCAUGUUCCCAAUCCAAUACCCUCAGAUAUGGGAAAUGUACAAGAAAGCCGAAGCUUCAUUCUGGACCGCUGAGGAGGUCGACCUCUCCGACGACCUCCGCCACUGGAACUCCCUGACCGACGACGAGCGCCACUUUAUCACCCACGUCCUGGCUUUCUUUGCCGCUUCUGACGGCAUUGUCAUUGAAAACCUCGCCGGAAGGUUCAUGAAGGAAGUCCAAUCCGCUGAGGCGCGCGCCUUCUACGGAUUCCAGAUCGCCAUUGAGAACAUCCACUCGGAAAUGUACAGUUUGCUCUUAGAAACCUACAUUAAGGACUCCGCGGAGAAGAGCAGACUCUUCCGUGCAAUCGAAACUGUUCCUUGCGUAAGGAAGAAAGCCGAGUGGGCCCUGAAAUGGAUCCACUCGACAGAUACUUUCUUCGCGGAACGGCUUGUCGCGUUCGCGUGUGUGGAAGGAAUCUUCUUCUCCGGGAGCUUCUGCGCCAUCUUCUGGCUGAAGAAGCGCGGCCUCAUGCCGGGGCUAACAUUCUCCAACGAGCUGAUCUCCCGUGACGAGGGGCUCCACUGCGACUUCGCGUGUCUGAUGUACUCCCUCCUGAGGACCAAGCUCACCGAGGAGCGCAUGGUGGGGAUUGUGCAUGACGCGGUGGAGAUCGAGAGGGAGUUUGUGUGCGACGCGCUUCCAUGCGCGUUGGUUGGGAUGAACGGCGAGCUAAUGAGUCAGUACAUUGAGUUUGUUGCGGAUCGGUUGCUGGGAGUGCUUGGGUGCGGGAAGGUGUAUGGGGUGCAGAACCCUUUUGAUUGGAUGGAGCUGAUUUCGUUGCAGGGGAAAACUAACUUUUUUGAUAAGCGAGUUGGAGAGUACCAUAAGGCUUCUGUGAUGUCUAGUUUGAACCGCGGCAACGGUGGUGGCGCGUACGUGUUCACCAAGGAUGAGGACUUCUAAUAGUUUGAUAAUCAUCAUAACAUACAUUACCUUGUUAAUGUUACUGGGUUCGGUUCUAUUGUAUUUACAUUCUAUUCUAUACGGUUCUAUUGUAUUUACAUUCUA